AUGGAGCUCCUCCCUACGGAGAUCAUGGACCAGAUCCUCUCCUUCGUGGUGGAGCUCUUCUCGCCGAAGCCUUCUUACCGCAUGCCUUGCCUGAGAGAAGGCAAACCAAAACACGUUCUCGCAACAACUACUACAGCCAAGCGUCAACUGGCCGCAUUACGUCUCACCGGCCGAGUCUUCUAUCGCAGUGCCUCAGUCUUACUCUUCCAGGCCCUUACCGUGGGAGGUCAUAGUCCAGAUUCUCUGGAGCGCCUCGAACGUCUAUCACACAGCCCCCAGGCCGCUUGUGUUCGGCACCUCAGUUUCGCAUUUUAUCACCCGGAGCUCUAUACGCAAUCCAAAUCUGCGAACCUUGCCGACGACGUUCGAUAUCUCCAACAGCUACAACAGGGCUUCAAUGAUUGUCUUCCCCGGUUUCCGGGUCUGCGAGAGAUCGUGUUCGCCCAGCCCUGUUGCGACCCUGCGCCAUGUGAUAGAGACCGAUAUCUUGACAUAGUCGCCAGGACUUUGCGCGACGUCGAGCUCCCCAGUCUGUCCGAGGUUCACCUCCACCUCGAGCACGCGCACUCCUUGCGGCAUAUCCUCGACGCCAUCUCCUCCUCAUUACAGCCCCAUACCAACGACAAUCUGCCGCGUCUCCGACACCUCGUGUUGUAUGCGCCCGCCCUCAACUACGACACUAUAGCGCAAGGAUCGCCUGAUCCUGAGGCUGCUGCUGCUGCUGCAACCCAGUCUCAUGCAGCUCGGGUGCUCCCUCUGUUGGGGCUCGCCCCUAAUCUCGAGACACUGACUCUCACAACGUGGGUUAUAGGCCUUGACACAUUUGUCCUUCCAUCGCUGCGCCUCCGCGCUCUUUGUCUGCUUGGCGUCGAAAUUCCCUCGAAAUGCCUGCUUCGCUUCCUGGAGGCUCUUCAUGAUACACUCCGAUCCAUUUCCUUCACCCACGUCCGCCUGCGCUCGGGAACCUGGGCCACGGUCCUAACCGGUAUGUGCUCUCUCCCGUACCUGCUUCAAUUAAACCUUGAGUGCAACGGGUAUUCGCCGAGCCGGGCGGGCUUUUCUCUGUUCCAUCACAUGAACGGGCUGGUCAUCACGUCGCCUUACGACCUGCCUGCACUCGGGGCGCUCUAUCGUCACAUCAGCCGCAACAGAACCGCUGCGGGACGGUAG